AUGAUACUACAACUAUUACCAAACGAAAUAUUAAUUGAAUGCUUAGUAUAUCUCAAUACAUUUGAAAUAUUUUAUUCAUUUGAUACAUUAAAUUCUCGUUUUUCUCAUCUUAUUCGAAAUACCCCAAUAUAUCUAAAUCUUCAACAUAUUCAUAAAACAAAAUUCUCUCGAUUUUGUUCUGAAAUCUUACCCGAAAUUAAACAAAAUAUAUCUUCAUUACAUUUAUCAAAUAAAGAUGCAUGUGGUCAAAUUAAUACAUUUUUCUCAUUGUAUUUACUUGAUGAUUAUUCUCAUCUUCAGUCAUUAGCAUUAACCUAUCUCGAAGAAGAAAAUCUUUCUCAAUUAAAAUCAAUUUUACCAUUAUGUACUUCAUUACAUUCAUUCCAUUUAAAUUCUUCACAAAUUGAUGACGAACCGAUAAUAUCUGUAUUGCCAUUAGGUCAUUUACAAAAAUUAUCAAUUAAAACAUUAGAAUCUUUUUUAAUAUACGUACAACAACCAACAAUAAUUACACAUUUAAUCAUUUCAAAAUGUUCAUUGGAACAAAUAAGAUAUCAAUUAUUAGAAAUUAUUCCUAUGUUAAAAUAUUUGAACAUUAAAACUAUUAUAAGAGAUAAACAAUCAAUAAAAAAUGAUACAAAUCAUCGAGCUAUUCAUUUAAAACAAUUAAUAAUUGGUCAAUUUCGAUAUCCAUUCGAUGAUUUUGCGGAUUUUGUUAAACAAACACCAAAUUUACGAAGUUUAACUUUUGCAAAUACGAUUAAUGAUCAAAAAUUCAUUAAUCCAAAUGAAUGGGAAAACUUAAUAAAUUCUUCUUUAUUUAAUUUGAAUACUUUCAAAUUCAGAUUGACUUGCUCUCAUCUAUGUCGUGAUGUGGUUUCAUAUAAUUAUAAUCGAUUUCAAAAUAGUUUUUGGCUUGACCAACACCAUUGGUAUACAGAAUUAUUAACAAAUAAUACUUCACACUGCAUUUAUACCGUACCAUACAUAUCAAAAUCAUUUGAGUUAGAAGAAAAUACAAAAAGAUCAAAUUAUCGAUCAAUUAAUAUAUCAAAUAUCUUUAAACAAGUAGAGAAUUUAACAUUUAGUUAUAAUGAAACAAAAGAUUAUUCUUCAAUUUAUUUCCCAAAUAUCAUUUCAUUAAAAAUACAACAAAAAAAAGAAACAAAAUAUCUUCAAUCUUUAAAAUCAAUUGUUAAUCUAUCAAAUAUCAAACAUUUGGAUAUUUCAUUAUAUCAAAAAGGUAGUUUAUCAGAAGAAUUAGCCGAAAUAUUAAGAGAAGCAUCACAAUUAUCAUCAAUAACAAUCGAUCCAAUUAAUUUAAAAUUGUUAUUUAGUGAUAAAGAAUUAUGUUUAUCUAUGAAUAAAGUUAUUAAAAAAUUGAAUAUACAUAAACAUGGUUAUUAUUUAUUUGAGGAUUCGAACCAAGUAGCCACAUUUUGUGAAGUAUUCUCCAACAUUCAACAACUCCGAUGUUCAAUUAAAGCACCGAAUUAUAUUAUUUUUCUCUUAAAACGAUUAUCAAAAUUAUCUACUAUUCAUGUUUAUCUACGACGUAUUUCUGAUCGAAACCUUUUUUAUGGUUUAGUUGAAGAAGUAUUUCGAGAAUGUAACUAUAGGAUUCGUAUCAAAGAUCUUCGUUCUAAUUUAAUGAAAUUAUCUAUUUGGAUAGACCGAUAUUAUGAUUAA